CAAUUCUCAAAGAUAGAAAGAAACCGUUUGAAGGUCUAUUAUGGCUGGAAGCUGACGCAACAACAUUUCAACCAGGAUCUGUCUUACCACGUUUCGGUUCCCCGUGGCUUCUGGAGGGUGCUGUCUGUGAAGAUGUCGAAAAAAACAACCUACGAAAUCCAUGAGCUGGCUCCUGAUCAACGAGUCCUGAAGGGUCAGCGGUAUCAGAAAUUUGUUUACUACGCGGCCCAAACGGGAAUAUGGAUCGGCUAUCUAUAUUUCACUUUGCGCUCACUUUCGAUCUUGUGUAGUCAUUCACGAACCUGGCAGGUAUGGACAUUACUUUUAGUUGAAGGAGUAUUCUUUCAUUUGUCUCGCAAAGAACAGCUUCGGGCUGUCGCCGCGGGAAAUGUUGUCCAUGAUGGUCCUCGCAAAAGGCUCAGACUCAUGGGUAAACUUGACCUGCCUCGUGUAGAUGUUUUAUUGCCCUGCUGUGGCGAGGAGGUCGAUGUGAUCAUGGAUACUGUGCAUGCAGCCUGUAACCUUGACUAUCCGAUCUCUCAGUUCCGUAUUCUGGUACUCGAUGACGGCGGGUCAAGCAUGCUUGAGAAAGCUGUGACCAAAAUGCGGUCCCAAUGGCCACAGCUAUCAUACCAUUCCCGUGGCAGACAAUCUGGCCAAGUGUUUGCCAAAUCUGGGAACAUGAAUUACGCCCUGAGCACACUGCAACAGGAGUUUCAGCCAGAGUUCUGCGCCGUGCUGGAUGCCGACUCUAUCCCAGAGCGGCAAUUUCUUCGGGCGACCCUCCCUCAUCUACUUUUGAGCCCGGAGUCGGCAUUGGUCUCUACACGGCAGUACUUCUCGAACUUGCCCAGGGGUGACCCGCUUUCGCAGACUCGCAGUCACUUCUACACGUGCCAGAAUGCCGACCUGGAUGUCCUCGGCCGUGCUAUCGAUGCAGGGUCCGGUGCAGUGUUCAGAAGAAAGGCGAUCAUGGACGUGGGCAUGUAUCCGACCUACUCUUUCUCUGAGGAUUGGCAGUUAUCCCAGAUACUGCAUGGAAUGGGUUACUGUACUAUACAGGUGCAGGAACCCCUUCAAUUCGGUCUUGUUCCGACAUCUCUUAGUGGCCACGCUGCUCAAAGAAAGCGAUGGAAUAUCGGACACGCCCAGCAAGUUCCAGCCAUGCUUUCAUCUGGCAGUAAUAGGUUCUCUGGACGACUUCGCUUGAAUAUUGCGUUAGAUGGAGCGGGCAUCAUUUUUGGAGAGGUAGGAUGUCUCUUUGGAUUUGCUGCUGUUCCCUUCCUCUUGGUCCUCGGUCAGCAAAUUCCUGGCACUUCUUCAGCAUUGAUUCAAUUUCAACUUCUUUUGGCUUUCGCCCACGUCACCUCAAUGUGGACAUACGAAUAUCUACAGGCUGCUACUACUGGAUUCCAAAGUGCGCCAUUCGCUCACUUGGAAAACAAGUGGCUUUCCAGUGAAAGCAUCUGGGGUGUCAUGCGCUUUUAUCUGCUGUCAAGCAAACCAAAGGGAUCAUUUGUGACCGGAAGCAGUGCUAAUUCUUGGAAUCGCAUCACAACCAUGUCCUUUGUCACGAAGCUCCGCCGAGACCUGUGGGACAAUGGCGUUUUCUACAACGUUGUUUUACUUCUUGCUACUCUUGGGGCAACCGUUUACUCGAUUUCUACCGCCAUAUUCACCCGUCGUGACAGCUUGGUCGAGUAUUUGCUUACCACAGUCGCCUGGCCCCCAUUGCUGCAUGCAUGCUAUUUGUCUCUAAAAAGCCACUGGGUGCCGGUGUCAUAUCUACUUAACCCUCCACAAUAUCCUGACCGUAAGUCUCAAACUUGCAGGUUUGAGAAAGUGUCAAACUCUGAAGCUGUGGAUGAGGUCGAGUCGCGAUUGCGGCAAGGGAUGAAAAGAGUCGGUCGGGAUAUGCUUCAUCUGAGCCGCAAACUUGACAUCGGGGAUGAUGCUGAAUCUUACCCCCGCGAAAGGGAUCGGGUUGCUAAUCCCGACCCCGACCAACAUCACCAAUUUAAAUAUUGGGGAAAUCCACUGAGCUUGCUCACAGAACUCUGCAAUAUUAUCAUGAAGCUCAUCGUAGCUGGCGCGACCGGCUUGGUCGGCUCAGAACUCAUCAAAAAGAGCUUGCAGAUGAGUGCGAUCACCCAGGUGAUCGCCUUGGCACGGAAGCCUGUUCAGAUCGACAGCGUCGACUCGUCCAAGCUGAAGAAUGUCACGAUCAAAGACUAUGGCGAAUAUUCCGAGCAAGUGAGGUCUGAGCUAGCUGGAGCUGACGCAUGCAUUUGGACCGUAGGGGUGACGCCUAUUAAAUCAAAGCGUCUUGAUUUUUCAGAAGUCAAGCGCGUAUGCCAGGAUUGCACACUGGCUGGGUUUAAGGCCAUGUACGAGGCUGGCCCCGCACGACCCUUCCGCUUCGUGUACUUCAGCGGCGACGGCAUCAUGGAAGAUUACAAUGCCAAAAAGCCAUUCUUUCUAGGCGAUUACAUCGUGAUGCGCUCCGAGACAGAAGCUAUAGUUCGGAAGCUCCCUGAAGAAUAUCAAGGUAUCGAGAUCUGCGUGGCUCGGCCUGGUGUAAUAACUAGCUCAAAUACAUGGGCAAGAGCCGCGAUGGCUUCUGCGUUCAGCGCGACGAACUUCUUCACUCGCGCUAUCUUAAACGUCACGCUUGAAGAGGUCUCAACUGCGGUGCUGAACCAGGUUGUUGGUGGGUUUGAGAAGGAAACGCUUUCAAAUGCUGAUUUGGUACGACUUGGACAAGCGGCUCUCGAAGUGAAGGAGUCUUAG